AUGCGUCUUUAUACCUUCGCUCUCUCUUCCGUCCUUUUUGCCAGCUAUGGCCUGGCUCAAAGUGUCGUAAACAAUCUCCAGACCGCUCAGAAUUGUCUGGCCUCCAUCCAGACCGCACAGCAGGCUCUAGAUUCGGCAGUUGUGGGCCUCACUGCAAACUCUGCCGAUGCUGCUACGAUCCUUCCCCAAGCCAUCCAGGGGGUUGAAACCGCCCUAAACCAGGCCGUCAUCGUCAUGCAAAGAGCACAACCAUUGAACGCAGCCGAUGCCCAGAUCCUACUGGGCUCGGUCAACUCUCUCUCGUACUCCGUCAGAGCGGCCACCAUGUCGCUAGUUCUUCAACAGCCGACUCUGAACCAGUUGGGUCUUGUCAAUCUGGGUGUUCAGACCCUAACUGCCCAGAGGGUGGUUGUCAGUCAGCUCGGGCAGAUUGUGGUCACCAAGGUGGUCCCCGUCGCGGUCCCUGCUUUCCAGGUUGGCUUCGGUCAUGCCUUGACGGCUGUUGAUGUUGGUCUUAACGUGCUCAACGGCGGCGGUUCUGUCGCUGUCCAGCUCAUCCCUUCAGGCCAAAUUCCGGUCCAGGGACUUGCCGCCAUUCAGCAGCAGUGCACGGCUAUCGGUUUUGUACCCAUCAAUGCCAUUAACGGGAUCAACGGAAUCGCCGUCCAGCAGCAGCAGCAGCUCAUCCAGCACUGCUCCGCUGUAGGGUUUGUCCCAGCCAACAGCAUCGGUGGUGUCCAACAGGUGUUCAACCAACAGCAAGUCCUCGAGCAACAGUGCUUGGCAGCUGGUUUGAUCCAAUCCAACGAAACUCAGCAGGUCGAUGCCCAGGAUGCUAUCAACCAAUGCGCGGCCAUCGGCUUCGCCCAGCAGGCCACUGAGAAGCGAACCGUAUCCGCGAGUUCGGCAGACCUCAACGAGCGUUGUGCUACCAUUGGCUUCUCGGCCUCUGGAGGCGCCCAGCAACAAUUCGUCGCGAGCCCUGAAACCUGCGCGGCUCUUGGUCUUGUGGCCCAGAACAAUGACAUUGCUGCGCAAUGUGCCGCGCUUGGGCUACAGCCUGGAUCGAACUCUACCGAAGUGGCUCAGCAGCAGGUGCAAGACCAGACCCAGGAAGGUAAAGAGAAAGCCAACUCCAAUGGAGAAGAGAAAGCUUCCAAUUCCAAGGCACAGCGACGAGAGCAACGAAUCCAAACCCAGCAAAGCCAACAGGGAGAAGCCACACAGCAGAAAGUCACUGUUGAGCAGUGCCUUGCUCAGGGUUUCGUCCAGGCGAAUGGAACCGCCGCUGAAGGUGCUGCUCGAAAUGAAACCGCAUCCGCCGAAAGCCAGAGAUUGGUGCGGAAGCGCAUGGGGAUGAUAGAAAAUGCCGUCGAGAUCGCCUGGAACCCGUCUUCCGAGCAGUCAUUAAAAGUCCAGGCCUUCGAAUUCCUUAGCCAGGCACGGAACGAGCCACAAGCAUGGCAGGCCUGCGUCAACCUCUUUGUGCGGCAGUCCCCACGCCCGUCCGAAGUAGUCCGCCUCGUUUGUUUGGAGAUCGUCAACUCGGCCGUCCACACCCAAGGGCUCGACGGCGCUAGCCUGACCUUUCUGAAGGACACUCUGUUGGACUACACUAGGAGGGUGUACGGGCCAAAUGCUUCCCCCGAGCAUUUGGAUCCGGCUCAUCUUCAGAACAAGUUGUGCCAGACCUUGACCUAUCUCUUUGUUUUCCUGUACAAGGAUGGGUGGCAGACUUUCAUCGACGACUUUUACGCUCUCACCGCCGCCACCGAUGGCUCCUCGAGAGACAACGUCCCCGGCGUCAUCCUAUACCUCCGAAUUCUGGGUUCCAUUCACGACGAAAUUGCAGACAUGCUCCUUUCUCGGAACCAAAAUGAUGCGAAGCGGAACGUCGAACUGAAGGACCAGAUUCGGGCACAGGAUAUGACGAGGGUGGCUCAGUCCUGGAAGGAGCUGCUUGCCCAUUACAGCCACCAGAACGACCAAAUUGUUGACAUGAUAUUGAGGCUGAUUGGCAAGUGGGUCAGCUGGAUGGACAUAUCCCUCAUAGUAAACGAGGAGAUGUUGCGCCUCCUGCUUCCACUAGUAGGCCGUUCGAACCAGACGGGAUCCGAAGACAAGGUUCGAGACGCUGCAAUCGAUGCCCUGACCGAGAUUGCUGGAAAGAAGAUGAAGAACGCGGACAAGAUGCAAAUGAUAACCUUCCUCAACCUCCGAGAAAUCGUCACCGAGCUUGUCGCAAGCCCGCCCCUCAGCGAGUUGAAAUCCACCUCUCGCUACGACACCGAUCUUGCGGAGGCCGUGGCGAAGCUUGUAAAUACCAUCAUGUCCGAUAUCGUUAGGGUUUUGGAGGAUUCACAAGCCGAUGCGGAUACAAAGGCCUUGGCGGACCGGCACCUGCACGAUUUUAUACCUUCUCUACUCCGAUUCUUUUCUGAUGAGUACGAUGAGGUAUGCUCUACCGUUAUUCCAUCGCUAACCGACCUCCUCACGGCAUUUCGAAAAGUCCCACUCUUACCCGCUUCCUACUCGGAAAUGCUUCCGCCUAUCUUGAACGCCAUUAUAAUGAAGAUGAGAUACGACGAAACCUCAUCGUGGGGUGACCAGGACGACCAGACAGACGAGGCCGAGUUUCAGGAGCUGCGCAAAAGACUGCAAGUGCUUCAAAAGACGAUCGCCGCCGUCGACCAAAAUCUCUUCAUAGAUGCCAUCAGCAAUCUGGUUGCCAACACCUUCCAGACACUUGAUCAGCAAGGCGCACAGAUGGACUGGAGAGACCUCGAUCUAGCUUUGCACGAGAUGUACCUAUUUGGUGAACUUGCGCUGCCACAUCAAGGGAUUCUUCCGAAGAACGAGCGGGCUACGCCGGCUUCCGAGCGGUUGGCAAUCAUGGUGAAGAAAAUGGUCGAAUCUGGUAUUGCCUCUUCUAGUCACCCCGCAGUCGUCCUCCAGUACAUGGAGAUUUGUGUCCGGUACGCGGCCGUGUUCGACGCUUACCCCGAACAUAUUGGGCCUGUCCUCGAAAAUUUCGUGCGUCUCGUUCACCAUGACCACGUGCGAAUCAAGGCAAGGUCGUGGUAUCUCUUUUUCCGCUUCGUCAAGCAUAUGAGGCCACAUGUAGGCAAUGUAGCAGAAACGGUGAUUCAAUCCAUCAGCGACCUACUUCCGAUCAAGGCGGAAGCCCCUGGUGAUGAGAAUGACGACGACAUGUCUUCAGAGGAGCAGGACAACUCAGAAGCAGCGCUGUUUACGAGCCAGCUCUACCUCUAUCAGGCAAUAGGGUACAUCUCGUCAGCACCGAGCACUCCCCCAGAGAAACAGGCUCUCUAUGUACGUUCUGUCAUGAACAAUCUUUUUGCCGAUAUGGAAAACCACCUACCGCGUGCCAAAUCGGGCGAUGCGCAGGCCUUGAACCAGAUUCACCACAUUGUCAUGGCACUUGGCAUGUUGGCACAUGGGUUCUCAGAGGGCUUGCCAUCUACGUCGUCGUCUGCGGCACCGGGCCAGACGAGGCGCCCGGCUCCCGACCGGGCUGUGUCUGACGAAUUCUCCAGGGCAGCAGAGGCCAUCUUGGUUGCUCUCGGUGCGUUCAAUAAUACGUUCGACAUCCGGACAGCCUGCCGGGCGGCUUUCUCGAGGCUUCUUGGUGUUCUUGGCGCCGCUGUUCUUCCGCAGCUUCCACAGUGGAUUGAGGGGUUACUCUCCCAAAGCUCCGGAAAGGAUGAGAUGGCAUUCUUCUUGCGUAUUCUAGAUCAGGUGGUGUACGAAUUCAAGGGGGAAAUAUACGAUGUGCUCAACAUCCUCCUAACCCCGCUCCAGCAGCGGAUCUUUAGCGGCCUAUCAGAGCCGGCAACGGGCACUGAUGAUCACAUCCAGCUGGGCGAACUCCGACGAGAAUAUCUAUCUUUCAUUCUCGUUAUCUUAAAUAACAACCUCGAAGGGACCCUAAUUAGCGAGGUAAACCAAGGCUUCUUCGAGACCAUGGUCUCGUGUAUAAUCACUCUCGGCCGGUCCUUCGAGGGUAACCCGCAGUCGAGUAAGCUUGCCUUCGGAGUCAUGACGAGGAUGGCGACCAUAUGGGGCGGGCCUGAUCUAGCCACAAUCUCGGCUAAUCCGACUGCCCCCGUGGGAUCGCCGUCUCCGGCCAUUCCUGGUUUCGACCAGUUCAUGAUCCAACGGUUCCACGGAGUAUGCUGGGAGGUAAUGCAAGACCCGCAGUUUAAGCCGGAUCUGGACGCGCAGACAAAGCAGGUCUUGACCGAGAUUGCGGCACUGGAGCAAGUCAUCUACAAGAAGACGGGAGAUGUAUUCAUCCAGAACGUCCAGAACCAGCUUUUCCCCAAUAUCGGUAUUGACGGAACCGAAUUCCUUCGGUCAUUGACCUCGACCGAUAAGAAGACAUUUGCGGGGUACCUAUAUGGACUUAUCAAGAGCCGGCGCUCUUGA